UUAUUACAUUUCUCAGUCCUCUCUCUCUAUCUCUCUCUCUCUCUGCCUAACAAAGUCUCUCACACACACACAUACUCUCUUCUCUCUUUUUUCUUCAUUUUCUUCUUACAGCACAGAAGGAUGAGCAGCAGCAGCGGCGUUGGUGGUUCUAGGGUUUCAAUCCCAAACAAUGUGCGGAAAACGAUCAAUGACAUAAGGGAGAUCACUGGGAAGCAGCACAGCGAUGAUGAAAUCUAUGCUGUGCUCAGGGAGUGCUCUAUGGAUCCCAACGAGACCGCUCAGAAGCUCCUAUACUUAGAUACCUUUCAUGAGGUCAAAAGAAGGCGUGACAGAAAAAAGGAUAACUUGAAUACUAGAGCCUCUGAAGAGAGAUCAACAACAGGUGUGCAGAGGAGAGUUAGGGGUGGUGGUCAGGGGAACUAUGGCUCUAAUUUUUCAUCAGAUGUAGGUGGAGGGAAGAAUGGCGGUCGAAGAGAAAAUGGGGCUAAUCAUUCCACUGAUAGAGGUUCUAUGUCUUCUACGGUGCCAUACUCGCAGAGAAUGAAAAAUAACACCACAUCUCGAGUCACAAAGGCAGUGACUGGCAUGCCCAAUGGCACCACAAAUAUGCCAAAUGGGAUUUCUAGUCAUGAACCACAUGGUUUUGUCUCCAAAUCUUCAACUGAUUCUGAAGGCCAUUCUUUCGUUGAUGCAAUCAAAUUGGAGCCAGCAGCAGCUCCCCAACCUGCUGUUUCUUCUUCCCCUCCUACUGUUGGCUCACUGGUCGAUGAGCAAGGAAAGUCAUUAUCAGAAGAUGAUCAAUUCUCAACCACUUCCAAGCUACCCGAGUCUAGUGUUCUUUCUUCAGAUUCUCCUUCUGCUCCUCCCUUGGGGGAUUCUGGUGCUGCAAGUAUAGUGGAAAAUGAUGUACGAAGCCGACAGUUGGCUGCUGAACCAAAUGAGAUUAAUGGAAACAAAGCUGUUUUUGAUGACAACAAUCUUGAAUUAGGUCACUCUGUUAGCGAGAAAGCUGUCCAGGGAGCUGUGAAUUCUACACUGAACGAGAAGAGUUGUGAACCAGGCGAAAUUGAAACAGUUUGUCUCUCUGAGACAUCACAACCCCCUCUUUUGUCAAUCCAUGAAGUUAUCACAUCAGAAGUUGCAAGUACUGCAGUUGAAGUUAGUCCUCAAUCAAAGUGCGAGUCUAAUGUCUCUGACGGUCAUCAUGUCACCUUUCCAAGUGAUUUUCAAGUCCCAGAAGCUUUAAAGAAUGGGCUAACUUUUGGAAGCUUUGAUACAAAAGUUGAGUCAGUAAGUGAAGGUGUUGAGAAUAUGGACCUUACCAAAUCUUCUCAGGAUACUGAUGAAACUUAUAAGGAACGUUCUUCUAGUGUGCCGGGCGAUUAUCUUGAAAAUUCAGAGUCUCUACCUCAAGUGCUUGAAAAGUUACAACCUUCAGAGGGUAAUGUCUCUGUAAGUACAGAUUUAAAGGGUAAACAGCCAAAGCAGGAGACAGUCGCACAGUUUCCUCUAAAUGGCACUCAGAUCCCAGUGGUCAUAAAUGGGCCAAACUAUGGUGUUGGUUUAAUGCCUCCUAUGCUCGGUGGUCAUCUUGUACAAUUGGAAGGACAUGAAGUUCAGGCUCAUGAAAACCGUGUCCCUAACCUUGCUAAUGGGAAUUCUGUGACUUCAUCUACUGCAAAUUCGGUUACACCUGUACCAAGCUCAAUCGCCGUUACUCCACAACCAGUCCCUGUUUUCAGGCAGACGUAUCCUCCUAAUUUCUUUCCAUAUGGCCAAUACAUAUCACCAUAUUAUAUGCCACCAAUGCACCAGUACCUGAGCCAUAACGGGUUUCCUCCACAGCCUGCAAAUGGAAACAUAUAUCUCCCACCACCACCACCACCAUCAGCUGCUGGGGUCAAAUACUCUCUUCCACAGUACAAGCCAGGGAACAAUGCCGGAAACCCAACUCAUAUUGGUAUUCAGCCUGCUGGUUCAUAUAUUACCGCUCCUGUUGGCUAUGCUCAACCGGUUUCAUCUGGAAGUUCAAUGGGUAAUGAAGAUCUAGCGGCCUCUCACAUGAAAGAAAAUCAAAUCUACACCACUGGACAGCUGAGUGAAGGGUCAGCUGUUUGGAUUCAUGCUGCAGGACAGGAGAUGCCCAGUUUACAGAUGAAUUCAAUGUACAGCAGCAUCCCUCAUCAGGGACACAUUGCAUAUUCACCUCAGCAGUCCGGUCAUGGUGCCUUCGCCGGGAUGUUUCCUCCUGGGCAUGCUAUGACCGCUCCUUCAACGCUUUUGCAGCAGUCUCAAGCAGUGGCAGGAGCUACUAUCGAAACUGCAGGACCCCCAACCGGUGCUUACCAGCAGCAGCCUCAGCAUGCACAGCAAAUUAAUUGGAAUACUUCUUUCUGAUAAUUGGUAAUAAAACAUUUCUGAGGCCCCCCCACAACAACAAAGAAACAUGUCUAGUGUGGAUCAAUAUGAGUUUUUUGGGAGUUUGAUGCGCCGUCGGCCUGUUCUCGAGUGUAAAUAUAAAAUGCGGCCCAGAAUUUUUUAUUUAAAGAAAAAAAUCUUCUAUUGGGGGAGUAAUUUGAUUAGAUUAAUCAAGAAUUGAGGGGGAUGAUAGUUUUUUUUUUACUUUCUUGAUGUUGUGUUUCUCCUCAUUCCUUUUUUUGUAGCUGUUUUUUUCAUUUAUAUGCUGGAUGAGUAGUGAGACCUUUAGUAAUUCCUUUUAGAAUUGAGAGAUGAUAUAGGAAUUGAAAUGAAGAGAAUGAUAGAAUAGGUGGGAUUUACCAAUUUUUCCUUUUACUUUUUUUGAUAUCUCACCUGUAUAUUUCAAUAGCAACAAUGUGGAAUUAUAAGAUUGUAAGUCAUAUAUGAGAAAGUGGUACUUAUAUUUUGCUCUC